AUGGAAAGCAAAAGAGUAACUAUAAUGUUCAUUAUAGUCAUUGGGAACUUUGUCGUUCAAACAGAAGUUCAAGCUCAAGCUUAUCCUUUUAGAAGUUGUUUCCCAGGUUGUAUUGUGAGUUGUGCCAUUGAGAAGAAGUUUCCAACUGGUUUGAUGUGUCCAUUCACUUGUUUCAUGACUUGUCUUCCUCCUCCAACAUCAAAUAUUGUUUCUCCUCCUUCUCAAAUGAUUUCGGCAAACGAAAAAAUUGAUCAUAAUGAUUUGUACUGUAAACUUGGUUGUGCUACUCAUCAUUGUCUUCCUCUUUCUUCUCUCCAAAAUCCCAAUGUAGACAAAGUUGUGGACUGUGUCGAUUCAUGCUCAGACAGGUGCUCCAACAAGAACUAGAAGCAAAUUUAUUAAAUGUUAUUUUAUGAUAAAAAAAAUGAUGUUUAAGUAUCAUAACAUAUGAACUAGUGUAGUUUGUAUCACUACAAUAUUCAAUCAAAAUAUUGUGCUAUCAGCAAAUCAACAGAUGAAAUUGUGGACCAAGCAAAAACAAAAUGAUAAAAAGAAGGACAUUUAAUAUUAAUGUGGCAAUCUAUAAAUGAGGAACCCCAAGCCGUAUGCUUGGGAAAUAUUUGUUUAUUAGAUGGUUCUUGGACACUUUCAGCUAACUUUAGUGGAUGUGGAUGGACAUUGAUGGAUAGCUCUGGGAAUAGUCAGCUUAUGGGGACAAAAAACUUCCCUCGACGUGAAUCAGCCUUGCAUUCAGAGGUAGAAGCACUGCGGUGGGCGAUGGAGAGUAUGCUGCAGCACUCGACCUGCCAGAGCUUUGGGACAGACUGUAAGGAACUGAUUUCUAUGGUUAAGGAUCCUCAGGCGUGGCCAAGCUUUGCGACGGAAUUGGAGAGAAUAGAGACGUUACAGAUAUGUUUCCCGGACUUCAACAUCACUUACGUUCCACGGGCGCAAAAUCAGACAGCAGAUUUUCUAGCCAAGACUGCUAGAUCUUUUCGUAGAGAGUUACAUUUUGUUGGUUGUUCUAUUCCGGUUUGGUUACCCAGACCACCUCAAGUUUGAGUAAUAGAAUAGCCUUUUGACG